UCACCGGAAGACAUUUUCGGUGUACCCUUUACAGACGCCAAUUCCUUCUCAAGUGAACUGCUCCAUGUGAGCACGGAUUUUAUGGUAUUUGGUCCACGAAAUCACUGUUUGUAUCCAAUCAUUCUCGUUAACAAUACCAUGGAUAUUAUUGAAGAUGACGAGCAGUUAGGUGAGACGUCUGAGCAGGACAGCGAAUUAUCUGACGGAGAGCUUCAAGGUGCAUUCGCAAAGGGAUUGUUAAAGCCUGGGUUGAACUUUACAACACAAGAACCGAAGAAGAUUGUCAACAAUGUGGAGGGUUUGAAACAAUGCCUCGCUGACUUUCGUAAGAACACACUACCCUGGAUAGAGAGGCUGGACAUGGUCAAUCUCCCCGCUGAUGACAUCGUUGCCAAGUCCGAGGGCAGACUCGACAACAAGGCCAGCGAAGACAUCAACCCAGAUGACGACUUCCAGAGAGAGAUGUUCUUUUACCGUCAAGCCCAAGAAGCUGUUCUGGAAGCGAUGCCCCGGCUACUGAAGCUGAAGAUAGCCACCAAGAGACCUGAGGACUACUUUGCAGAGAUGGCCAAGUCAGACCAGCAAAUGCAGAAGAUCAGGAAGAAACUCAUCACGAAGCAGAUCAUGAUGGAAAAGUCGGAAAAGGCCAAGAAACUAAGAGAACAGAGGAAGUAUGGCAAGAAGGUACAAGUAGAGGUUAUUCAGAAGAGACAGAGGGAGAAGAAGGCCAUGAUGUCUUCAGUGAAGAGGUAUCAAAAAGGCAUGACUGACAAACUGGACUUCCUGGAAGGAGAUCAGAAGAAUGCUAAAGGAGGCGCACCAGCUAAAGGAGGUGCAGGGAAAGGGGCCGGUGGCCAAACACCUGAUAAAAAGGCCAUGAACAAGAAAGGGCCCAAUGCUAAGAGGAAGUAUAAAGACCAGAGGUUUGGCUUUGGCGGGAAGAAAAGUGGAACCAAGUGGAACACCAAGGACAGCCACAACGAUGUGUCAGGGUUCCGAGCCAAGGUGGCUCAUGGGAAAGGAGGAAAGGGAGGGAAAGGAGGCAAAGCAGGACCAGGCGGAAGGGGCCCCGCCAAAGGAGGGGCUAAACGACCGGGCAAGAAUGCACGCAAGAAGAUGAAGGGUCGCUCCUAAAGAGGUGUGUGUGUUGUCUUCGGUCUUUGCCACACUGCAUCCCAACUUCUGGAAGGAGGUAAUAUUAGAGAGAAGUCCUCUCUUUCUCUUCUUGAUCACACACACCACCCUUCAUGGAGCCCUUGGGGCAGUGGACUGAUGUGGAGGCCUUUUGUGUGAUGAUUUCCCAAGAUGUCCUUCCUAGAGUAUCACCAAGACUACAAGAUGUCCUUCCUAGAGUAUCACCAAGACUACAAGAUGUCCUUCCUAGAGUAUCACCAAGACUACAAGAUGUCCUUCCUAGAGUAUCACCAAGACGACAAGAUGUCCUUCCUAGAGUAUCACCAAGACGACAAGCUUUAGAAUGUAUCCAUAUGAAAACCAGACAGAGCGGUACUAAACAUGCCAAAUUCAAUGUUUUUUUAAAUGGUUUAAACCUCUAACAUGAAUAUGGACAUCAACGGUACAAUGACAUUUUAUUAUCGGCAGUAAAAUAAAUCCAUGUAUCUUUUAAAGGAGAUCUUUAUACUUUGUUGUAAGGCAUCUACGUUUGUGAAACUAUUUGCUGAAAGUGAAAACAAUGAUGAAGCCACUUCCACAAAUGUAUGUCAUCUAGUUUGAGUAAAUACUUGAUAGAUUUUUGUAAAAUGCACACUUUGCAAGUCUGCUUAUUGACCCCCUGAUUCACUACCUUUAGGGAUGUGACAUUUUCUAAUAUUGAACAGCUGUCGUGUUUGGCCUUUUCCAUGUAUCAAUAUUAUUCAUGUGUAGUGGGCCAAUGUAUUACUUUCUAUAGAUCUGGGUCAAUGUAUUACUUUCUAUAGAUCUGGGUCAAUGUAUUACUUUCUAUAGAUCUGGGCCAAUGUAUUACUUUCUAUAGAUCUGGGUCAAUGUUUCUUCUGCAAACAGGUUGCCGGUAUGACAAUAGUUGGUACAUUUUGGGCAAGAAUAACCCCUUCUCUAGCCUGAGUGCCAGUCUGUGCUAUUAUACCAACUAAUUUCAUGCUGAGUUUUGCUUGACAAUGACUGAUGGAGAUGGCAAGAGCACAAACAGGGACCAGGCUACACCUGCAUCUGUUUAACUUGAAUGAAUGAUUAGUAUGCUGCUUCAUGUUUCUCUGGUGGUGUUUGUUAUAAACUGGGUGUUUCAAGCCUUGGAUGCUGAUUGACUGAAAGCCGUGGUAUACGGUCUGAUAUACCACAAGUGUGACUAUUUAUUUUCACUCUUCUAAUUAGGUUGGGAACCAGUUUAUAAUAGCAUUAAGGCACCUUGGGGGUUUGUGGUACAUGGUCAAUAUACCAUGGCUACAGGUUUUAUCCAGGCACUGCGUUGCACACAAGAACAGCCCUUAGCUGUGGUAUAUUGGCCAUAUACCACACCCCCUUGGGCCUUAUUGCUUAAUUACAGUAGGUCUGCUUGAUACCAGUUACAUUGUAUUUCCUUUGGACAGUAAAGUAUUAUUCUUCAUA